AUGUCACUGUGCUCGGCGUUACUAUUCCUUUGCACGCUCGCCGUCGCGUCGGCCAGAGGUCCCACGACUGUUUACAUGAUCCGACAUGGCGAGAAACCCGCGGACAAGAACGAUCAAGGGCUCACCCCGGACGGAUGGCGACGAGCUGAAUGCCUGCGCGAUGUGUUCGGAGCCGACUCGGAAUAUAACAUUCAACAUAUUAUAGCACCUCCCGUGAUGCAGAAUGGCGAGCACCGACGACCCUACAUGACCGUUCUUCCUCUGGCACACGACCUCGGCCUCCAAAUCGACGACCACUGCACCCGAAAGGAUCCCGAGUGCGUGGCCGACGCUAUCAGGUCAUACGAUGGGACUGGUAAUAUUUUGAUUUCCUGGCGACACUCGAAUAUGGACGAGAUCCAGGAGUUACUGGGAUCUGAAAAUCCGGUCGAUUACCCUAUAAAUCGGUUCGACCUCAUUUGGACUAUGCCCUAUCCCUAUAAUGAAAUCACGGAUAUUUACUCCGAGGAGUGUCCUGGUUUAGACGUUCGGCCUGGACUGAUGGCCCAGUAUUGA